ACCUUAUAAAAAUAGGACUAUAUAAUUCUCUUCUUAGUUCUAACUUGUUAACACUCUCAUCUCUUCUUCAAUUCUUACAAUCUUACUACCUCGGUUUCUCCGCGAAACGCAGAGAGAAACCGAGGACUAUAUUAACACAACGUUAUGGAUUCUAGUAUUUGCCUUGUUAGUUGUGUUGUUUCGGUGAUUUUAGUUUUUUUCGCGGUUGUUGACAUUGCAUCGGCUGGCCCUCUUAGACGUGUUGUGAAUUCGAACCCACAUUGGCACUCUGCUUCAGCUACUUGGUAUGGUAGUCCUAAUGGAGAUGGUAGUGACGGUGGAGCAUGUGGUUAUGGAACGAUGGUGGAUGUGAAGCCGUUCAGGGCUCGAGUUGGGGCUGUGAGUUCGGCCUUAUUCAAAAAGGGCGAAGGUUGUGGAGCUUGCUAUAAAGUAAGAUGCUUGGAUAAAACCAUUUGCUCAAAACGGGCCGUGACAAUUAUUGUUACUGAUGAAUCACCGGCCCUAACUAAAGGUCUAGUCCACUUCGACCUUAGUGGGUCCGCGUUCGGACGUAUGGCUGUUUCGGGUCGUAACACUAACUUGCGCAAUCGUGGUAAAAUCUCCAUUAUUUAUCGCAAGACUCCUUGCAAAUAUCCUGGACAAAACAUUGCAUUUCAUGUAAAUGCAGGCUCAACACCUUAUUGGCUUUCACUUUUGGUGGAGUUUGAGGAUGGAGAUGGUGAUAUUGGAUCCAUGCAAAUAAGAGAGGCAAAGUCUAAUCGAUGGUUAACCAUGUCACAUCUAUGGGGUGCAAAUUGGUGCAUUAUUGGUGGACCAUUACAAGGACCAUUUUCAGUGAAGUUAACCACACUAACCAAAAAGAGAACCCUCUCAGCUAGAGAUGUUAUUCCAAGUAAAUGGACUCCUAAGGCUACUUACACAUCUAAACUUAAUUUCUUAAAGUAACUUUUUUUACUUUUAUAUCACAACGACCGUAGUUAAAGACUUGUAGAUUCACUAAGUAUAAAUAAUGGGUCAUGAGUGAAAUUUCAAACUUGAAUUUUUAAAUCUUGAAUCUGUCUCGAUGUGGACAGAUUUAGAAGAACUAAAAACCCUAUUUAACAGUGUUGGUUGGAAUUUUUUUAAAAAGAAGGAAAAUCAGCCUUUGGAUUAGUAUAAUAAGUUUCCUAGGCUCAUUUCUUUUCCCUUUUUUUUUUUUCUCUUUAUAUUGAUGUAAUUUUUUUUCCCUAUUAUUUUGUAAAAUGCUUAUAUAAGGGUUGUUAAUAGUAGUUGCCCUCUCCAAAGGAGAGUGAGCCCUUUGUGUGUAAAAG